CAGUCGAUUGCAUCACAUCCGAGUGAGUUAUCUGAGGAGUGAGUCUGAGGGUGUGUUCGUGUGUGAGUGAGUGAGUCUCUUUUUUUUCCCCCUUUUCCGUCCUUUUAACAUAUUAAGUCAGAUCAGGAAGUGUGAUGCGGUGACAGUAGAGAAGGAAGUGGGCACACAAUGGCAUUAUGUUUGCUCCUGGGACUAGUAGCAUGAGAGGGCCCCGGAUGAAGACCCCUCUGCUCCUGCUGCUGCUGGCCACUCUGACUGGAACAGUGAUAUACAACGAUGGAUAUGAUGAUGCAGACACAGAAACGCAAACAACCGAAGAGGACGCCAUUGUUGCAGAGACAGACGUGAAUGGUGAUACAGAAUUAUUAUCAGAACCAUCUGAUUCUGAUGCCACUGCAGCCCCGGAUGACUCCCUCACAGUGGACAUUCAGAAUACCGAUGAAGAAGGUCGUGGCUCAGGAGGGACCGCUCCCGGUAAUGAGACCUUCGACCCGACAGCGGACGGCAAUGUUACUGAUCCUAGGGAGGGGUCGGGCGAUUCGGAGAGUUUGAGUCCCACCAUCAUCCUGGUCCCUGUGGUGCUGGUGUUCAUUAUCAUCGGCAUGAUAGUGUGCGGUAUUUUCAUCAACCGCAGGUGGAACCAAAAAGUGAGGAAUCAAGAGCUGAGAAAAGAGGAUCCAUAUUUGGAUGGGUCCAGUACAGAGAAGGUGCCAAUGCCCAUGUUUGAAGAAGACGUGCCCUCGGUGCUGGAGCUAGAAAUGGAAGAGUUGGACCAAUGGAUGAAAAAGGAUGUUGAACCUGCAGAGGACUCUAUACACGCAUGAAUAUAUUUAUGGUGAACAAAGGACGCUCUCCAGGCGCGCAAGAACACACAGUCCACAAUGUUCUGACCUUUUCUACAAAAAAAGGACUUAAAGGACACUAGCAAACAUCAUUUUUAUUUUUGAAGAAAAAAUGAAUUCUUAAAACAACAUUGUCACAUGUUAUUCACCCUGAAAGUUUUCAGUGGACAACAAUUGGACUUAAACUUGUUAAAUAGUGUCUCUUUGAUCAGUGUUGUGCCUUUCAUGUGUUGCUUCAUUGCAUUACAUUACAUUUAUUACGCUUUAAUCCAAAGCUACUGACAAUAAGUGCAUUCAACUAUGUGGCUAUAACUCCAAAAAGCUAUGACAUUGAUUUCAAAUGUGGAUCUACUUCAAGUGCUACAUUUAGAGACAAUAACAGAUGGAAAAAUAUUGUAUUGUAUUUCAUUUGCCAAGGUGUAGUCUGAACAAAAGAGUUUGUACGGUAAUCUCUGCCAAAAUCAAAGAAACAGCGGGAGAAGUAAUUAGAUUGAACUUUUAAAAAAGCCCUGUGCUUCCCUUUUCUUCAAAUUCAUGCUGUUAAAAUGAGGCUGUGGUCACCACAGAUAUGACCGCUCAUAGUUUCUGCUGAUGGCUUCUCUUCAGCUCAAUGCCUCAUUGUUGUAUUACACUGUGUGACUCCCUCCAGCUGCAGGUUUUAAUGGGGAAAUAUCCUGCUGAAGAUUGCAGGCAUGCAUGACAGAGAAGGCCACUCCUUUGCAUGCCUGUGCCGAGCUGGUUAGGACUUCACUUUAAGUGUGAAAGCAGUUGCACUCAUUUCUAAGUCUUUUGAUGAAUUAUUACCGUUGCUGAAGCGGCUUUUAAAAAGCAGCUACUGAUAAGAUUUUCAUCUCACCGUACAGUAGAUAAUAACUCUCUGACUGAAUACUUUAUGUCUACAGAUGCUGUUGUGUUUCCGGUUUGGGCUUUAAAUGUGUUGAAUCUAAGCAGUCAUGACACAUGAGAGUGUCAGUCAGUAUUUUUGCAUUAUCUUGCACAGUAAAUAUGAGAAUACAGUAAACCAAAAGAUAUUAUUUUCAAGGAAUGCCUUUUGUAAAUAUUUCAUAUGAGGCUGUUUGUUGUCUUGUUGUUUUGCUUUGAACACAAUUUAAUUAAAUAAACUCUCUUGAUAAAA